AUGCCUUUAUUUUUAUUCUUUCGUUUCAUUUUAUUUUUUUUAAUUUUUUCUUUCUCUAUUGUUUAUUUCUUCCUCUUUUCUUCUCUGUUGCCUUUUUCUCCCUCUUUCCUUCUCUGUUGCGUCUUUCUUCCUCUUUCCUUCUCUGUUACCUUUUUCUUCCUUUUUCCUUCUCUAUUGCCUCUUUCUUCCUCUUCCUUCCUAUUUAUGUCUUCUUUCUCCCUCUUUCCUUCUCUGUUGCAUCUUUCUUCCUCUUUCUUCUCUAUUGUCUCUUUCUUCCUCUUUCCUUAUUUAUUGCCUCUUUCUUCCUCUUUCCUUCUCUAUUGCCACUUUCUUCCUCUUUCCUUCUAUAGUGCUUCUUUCUUCCUCUUACUUCUCUAUUGUCUCUUUCUUCCUCUUCCCUUCUCUUUUGCCUCUUUCUUCCUUUUCCUUCCUAUUUAUGUCUUCUUUCUCCCUCUUUCCUUCUCUAUUGUUCCGUUUUUAUUUUUUCCAUUUCUCUUUUACUCUUUCCUUACGAUUUUCUUCAUUUUUAAUUCAUAUUUUUUAACUUUCUUUUUCCUUCCUUCAUUUGUAUUCUUUAUUUUCCUUUUGUCUUCAUUCCUUCUUACAUUACAAAUUUCUCGUGACAUUCUUGAUAUCAUUUUUUCUUCCGCUUUCUUUCUUGAAGAUAAGUUUAUUUACCUUUCAAUUUCCUUCUUUUUUUCAUUCCAUUGUUCACAGCGCGUUUUUCAUUCUUUCCUCUCUCUUUAUAUAAAUUCUUCUCUUCUUUUUCUUCAUCUCACUUUUCCUCUACUUACUUUUUUACCAUUUGCAUCUUUUCUUCAUUCAACUUUUUGGAAGUUGUUUAUUCAUUUUGUUCUUGCUAUUUGCACUUUUUCUUUCUUUCUUUCUUUCUUUCUUUCUUUCUUUACUAAUAUAUUUCUCUUUCUUUCUUUCUUUCUUCUUUCUUUCUUUCUACUAGUCCUUUCUGUCUUUCGACCAGUUCAUUCUUUCUUAUAUAUUUCUCUUUGCCUACUUCUUUCUUUCUUUCUUUCUCGACCAGUUCAUCCAUUUCUUCUUCCUUCGAUUUCAUUAAAUGAUUUUAUUAUCUUCCUCUGUUUUUUUGUGCACUUUGCAUGA